UGCAGUAUGCAGGAGAAUGCGGAUGGGUUUGUGGAAUUGGGGAAGGGGAUCAAAAUAUCACCGCCGGAAGAGAUGGAGGCUGUUGAAAGCAGGGCCGCUUUGGUUGUCCGGCCCGACACCUCGACUCAAAAAGACGACAAAUUAGUGCUAAUCGGGAGCCCCAUGCGGAAGGUGCACAUCCCUGUCUCAGUCUACAGGAAGGUGUUCAGACAAGCCCUGCCCCAGGCAGCCGUGGGCCUGGUGCUGCCGGCAGUCUUCCCCCAGGCCCUGCUCACCUCCGGCGGGCUCCCAGAGGACCCCGCCCAGGGGGUCAAGAUGCUGGACCCCAAUAAAAUAGAGGCCAUCAGAGGUAAGGUCUGCAGAAGUAGCACCAGCCAUGACGUCAGCGAACGAGCCAGAGCGGAACGCUGACUGAUCAGAGGCUGUCUUGUUUGGUAGAGUGGCUUGCUGAGAUGUUUUCUUGCCAGGACAUGAGGACUGGAGGAGCAGACUGGGUUAAGUGUUUAGGGGUCAUCGACAGGACAGUGAGGGAGGCUUGGCCUGCAGAAGGUACAUAGUGACCCGAGGACUGGGUGUUAAAUGCAGCUGUGAAAAUGCAGUACUUCCAUGAGUCGCUGCCCUUUCACUUAUAUUAUGUAAUGUCCCAUUAGCAAUGCAGCGUUGUGCCACUUCACAUGAUUUCAAAGCAGGAGAAAUGACAACUGCGAUUGGGUCAGAUGGACAGCUUUCCAUCUCAUGACACAAGAUUUCUGUUUUGUUUGGGUGUUUAUUGACCAUCUCCUUCCUGA